AUGUCGGCUGCGCAGGCAGAAUUGAGUCAAGAAGAUAUAGAGGUUUGUCGGUCCAUGCAGCAGGAGGAAUGGGAAGUCCUACAAAGUAUAUAUCCUGAAUGCUCAAGCGAUGACAUUUCAAGGGGGGGCAUCAAGUUAGAGAUCCCAGUUGAACUGGGCGACUCCCGGGAUGCUGAGAUAGUUGACGAUGGGUCUCUAGCCGUCCCAGGUGAACUCCCGGAGGAUGCACCGUCACGACCGAAUGUCCAUGAACAACACCUUGGCCCCAUGUUUAUCUCUUUAUCGACCUUACCGCCGCUCCUGCUGGAUAUCGUCGUGCCUCCAUCGUAUCCUCUCCAGAGUCCACCAUUGCUGCUAAAUAUACAUGCCACACACUCUUGGCUUUCCCGACCAGUGGCCUCUCUAUUAAGACAGCAGUUGAUCGAUAUGUGGGCCCAGGGGGAUGGUGUCCUGUAUGCGUGGGUUGAGUGGAUACGGAGUGGUGACUUUCUAGAGUCAGUCGGCUUGAAUGACAACGGCGUCAUACGCCUUCCGCAUCCUUCCCCAGCUCGCUUAUCUUCGCUAUUGACAUCACACGAAACACUCUCAGCCCAAGCACAAUUCUCAUACACAUCACAUCCAUGCGCUAUCUGCAUGACAUCUCUCAAAGGGUAUAAAUGCAUACGCUUGAUAUGCUCGCAUGUAUUCUGCCGUCCCUGCCUCCACGAAUACUGGGGUAUGGCCAUCCGGGAAGGCUCGAUAUCUUCAGUGAGGUGCCCGGAUCCUGAAUGUGUCAAAGAAGGUGUGGAAGCAACAGAGGAGGAAGUUAGGCGGGUCGUCAGCGAAGAGGAUGUCAGACGGUGGAAGAGGCUCCGGGAGAAGAGGGACAUAGAUAGAGAUCCGACUAUCAUUCACUGUCCCCUCGAUUUCUGCCAGACGCCCGUGCCGAAACCGAGGAACGUGACCGACGACGAGUCGUCAGGAUGGGACAGAUUGCGUACUUGUCAUGAAUGCGGAUAUUCUUUCUGCGCUUACUGUAGACGAACAUGGCACGGGCCACACACUUCCUGUCCAAUACCCUUCACAGCUUCGUUCAUCCUCACCUACCUGGCACAUGGGCCUGGUUCUCCAGAACGUCUGGCGAUCGAGAGUCGCUACGGUAGAGCCAACGUUACCAGGCUCGUGGCACAAUACGAGGAAGAUAAAGCCAAUCGGGAAUGGCUAGAGAAAGAAACUACAACAUGCCCGAAUUGCGAGAUAAAGGUUCAGAAAAGCAUGGGAUGUAAUCAUAUGACAUGCGCGAGAUGCAAGACGCACUUCUGCUACCGCUGCGGAACGAAGCUAAAUGCUAGUCACCCGUACGCACACUUUUCGACCCCGGGAUUGUUAUGCUAUUCGAAGCUAUUCGACCACGAAAGCAUAGCAGAUCAGGACGAAUGGCAGCCGAUAGAAGGGUUCGAAGAUUUGUGACAGAUCGAGCGUUUCCGUCGGUGCUGCACAAGUGCUCGUGUAAUCUAACCUCAAUGGAUUGUUGCUCAUCUCUGGGUGCGCG